AUGCCUAUCAUCAACAUUAAACGGGAUUUACUCUUCAAGGCGUUGCAAAAGGAGUACACUGAUGACAAGUUUGCCGAGGUUUGCUUUGAAUACGGUAUCGAAUUGGAUGAAGUGACUUCCGAAAAGGAUAUAAUAGCACGUGAACAGGGUGAGGAUAAGGCUGCUAAUGCUUCGGAAGAUGUCAUUUAUAAAAUCGAAAUUCCAGCUAAUCGGCACUGCCAAAGUACGUCCGCACUGCGUUGCUGCUAUUUUACGAAAUGUAACCCUAACAUCGGUACAGAUACAUAUAGCAGUAUGAUAGAUUUGCAAGAGAAAUUACAUCAAAAUAUUUGCAGACGGCGAGCUCUUGUAGCCAUUGGUCUCCACAAUCUCGAUACUGUCCAAGGGCCUUUCUAUUACGAUGCUAAAGCACCAGAAGAUAUCAAGUUUAAACCACUUAAUAAGGACAAAGAAUAUACAGCUGCAGAGUUAAUGGAGUUAUAUAAAAGUGAUGGCCAUUUGAAGCAUUAUCUACAUAUUAUAAAAGAUAAACCAGUUUAUCCUAUUAUUUAUGACAGUAACGGAGUUGUUCUGUCCAUGCCGCCUAUCAUUAAUGGUGAACAUACUAAACUUAGUACAAACACUAGAAAUAUUUUUAUCGAUGCUAAAAUCGUGCUGGAUACACUAGUAACAAUGAUCAGCGAACAUUGUGGUCAAAAAUACAGUGCUGAAGUAGUAGAUGUUAUCCAACCGGAUGGGAAAGUAGUAACGUAUCCGGAAUUAACGACAAGACAUGAAAUUAUAAGUCUGAAAGACGUUUAUUCCCUUGCAGGAAUAAGUCUGGAUACGGAAAAGAUUGCUAAACUGUUAACAAGAAUGUCAUUGUCAACUACAGUGAUAAACGAAAAAGAAGUUAAAGUUGAAGUGCCUCCUACACGUCAUGAUAUCCAUAUCGCAAUUGCUUAUGGUUACAACAACAUUCCUCGCAGCAUGCCAAAAUCCAGUACUAUUGCUCAAGAGUUUCCAAUUAAUAAACUUUCCAAUCUACUACGCCAAGAAAUUGCUCAAGCUGGCUUUACCGAAGCUUUAACAUUUACACUGUGUUCACGAGAUGAUGUAUCGGAAAAAUUAAAUAAGAACUUAGCAUCAAGUAAAGCUACUCACAUAUCCAAUCCGAAAACCCAAGAAUUUCAGGUUGUUAGGACUACACUGUUACCUGGAUUAUUAAAAACGGUAGCUAGUAAUCGUAGCAUGUCUCUUCCGCUUCGUUUGUUUGAAAUUGCUGAUGUUGUAAUAAAAGACGAUAAAACUGAUACGGGUGCAAGAAAUGAACGUCGUCUUUGUGCUCUAUAUUAUAACAAAUCUCCAGGAUUUGAGAUUAUACAUGGCCUAGCAGAUAGAUCUAUGCAAUUGUUAGGCAUUCCCUUUGGAAAAAGUGAUAAAGGAUAUUACAUCAAGGGUGCUGACGAUCCACUCUACUUUCCUGGACGCGGUGCAGAUAUCAUUGUGCAUGGUAAUCGUAUUGGUUCACUCGGAGUAUUACAUCCGGACGUUAUAUCAAAAUUUGACCUGAACAUGCCGUGUUCUGCGUUGGAGUGUAACAUCACUGACUUUUUAUAA